AUGGGAUGCGAUGGGGGGACUGUGGCGCGCCGGGAUGAUCACGUCAAAAAAGUGAAAGAGCCGAAACAAAUUGAAGACACACAAAGUAGUGAUAGGUACACCCACUGCUCAUUAUCACAACAACCUUUUAAGAAGAAAAUUGUAUGCGACAAAGUCGGGAGGAUGUACAACAAAGACGCGAUAUUAAAGGCAUUAAUACAGAAGAGUAUUCCCAAGGAAAUGCGAUAUAUCGCGGCGCGAAAGGAUGUUAUCGAUUUGAAUGUGUCAUGGUCGAAGAACCAUAUAAUAUGUCCUUUAAAGAAAAUAGAGUUCACACCAGGCCACCAAUUUGUCGCACUUUCAUGUGGGUGUGUCAUCUCACAGUCAGCAUACUUAGAACUCCUUGCAGUGAAAGGGACGAAGUGUCCAAUUUGUGAAGACGUCUUGAGUGAGGCCAUUCCGCUGAAUCGACCAUUUCAAGAGAUGUUAGAUACUAUGCAACUUUAUUGUAACAUAUACGACCACAAAUUUGGAAAAUGCGAAACUAAAGAAGAGAUCGGAGAGGUUGUGAGUCAUCAACCCAAAUUAAUAGCUUCUGAAGCCAAAAAUAAAAUAAUGAAAGAGAAAGCGGGUGAGAGUUAUGCUCAACUAUUUAAAUAA